UGAACAGAGAGCUGUGAGCGCGCAGAGGCUAUGAGGUUGCCGAAACGAGCUGUGAAUUAAUUCGACUGAAUUUAAGAAAUUCAAUUUGAGGUGCUCAACAGAUUUACUGUAUGACAUAGAAGCGAACGAGUGCGUGACGAGAAGAAAAUGUGGCGAGGCGUGCGUUUCUGGCAACAGCUGAGACUGUUACACCGGCUAUAUUUCGCUUCCCUGAGGGAAACCUGCAUUUGAAAUAAUAUUUUACCGUCCUAAUUUACUAUAGUACUGUACUUCAACCUGUUUUGGCCAGACUGCGGAUUUGUUUCCCCAUGUAGAACGCCUCAGGAACAGAAACGCGCGAUGUUUGUUCGUUCUGGGCAGCUUUGGCGCGUUUAACGGUUCUCUUCCGAGAUAAACCUGCGCGUUAAAGGACUCAAACCUACUCAAAGAUGUGCCAAAGCGACACCGUACCGAAACAACGCGCUGAAGGAUCGCUGAAGGAAGCUGGAAAGCUUUUCUUGAAGCACACGACCUUUCACGGAUUGAGACACGUCUUUCUGAGCGGCUCGUACCCGCGCAGAGUCGCGUGGCUGCUGGCGUUCCUGACGGCGUUAGCGCUGCUCUUCACCUGGUCCUCUAACCGGGUCCGGUACCUGCUCUCGUCGCCGGUGUACACCAGGGCGCAGAUGGUUUACGCGAAACGCCUCGUAUUCCCCGCCGUGACGAUUUGCAACCAGAACAUCUUACUGCCGCGUCGCAUGAAGAAACCGGACAUCUUCAGCGCGGGACGGUGGCUUGGGCUCUUCGGGAAGAACUGGCAGGUGUCCCCCGCGGUCCGAGAAGCACUUACAUCGCAUAAUGAGCCUCCCUGGUCCCCUUUCUCUCGCAUACUGGAAUUCAACCACUUUCUGCCCCCUCCUCGAGACUCUGAGCCCUCCAUGAGGCAGUUACUGGACCGUCUGGGGCAUCAGCUCGAGGAGAUGCUGCUUUACUGUCGAUUUCAAGGCCAGAUGUGCGGACCCCGCAACUUUAGCACUAUCUUCACACGCUAUGGAAAAUGCUACACCUUCAACUCUGGACAGGAUGGCCGGCCGCUGCUGAUCACCAUGAAGGGAGGGAUGGGAAAUGGGCUGGAGCUGAUGCUGGAUAUCCAGCAGGACGAGUAUCUGCCUGUGUGGGGAGAGACUGAUGAGACGUCUUUCGAGGCGGGAAUCAAAGUCCAGAUCCACACGCAGGAUGAACCUCCUUUCAUCGAUCAGCUGGGAUUCGGAGUGGCUCCGGGCUUCCAGACGUUCGUCUCCUGCCAAGAACAGCGGCUGACGUAUCUCCCUCCUCCAUGGGGCGACUGUAAGGCAACCCCCAUGGACUCUGAUUUCUUCAGCACAUACAGUAUCACGGCCUGCCGCAUCGACUGCGAGACGAGAUAUCUGGUGGAGAAUUGCAACUGCCGCAUGGUGCACAUGCCCGGAGAUGCUCCAUAUUGCACUCCGGAGCAGUAUAAGGAAUGUGCAGAUCCGGCUCUAGAUUUCCUGGUGGAAAGAGACAAUGACUACUGCGUUUGUGACACGCCCUGCAACAUGACGCGCUACGGCAAAGAGCUGUCCUUCGUCAAGAUCCCCAGCAAAGCCUCUGCUAAAUACCUGGCCAAGAAGUUCAACAAGACGGAGCAGUACAUUGCAGAAAACAUCCUGGUGCUGGACAUCUUCUUCGAGGCCCUGAACUACGAGACCAUAGAGCAGAAGAAAGCCUACGAGAUAGCUGGACUCUUAGGUGACAUUGGGGGACAGAUGGGGCUGUUCAUCGGGGCCAGUAUCUUAACCAUCCUGGAGCUCUUUGACUACUUGUACGAGGUGAUUAAGUACAAACUGUGCCAUUGCGCCAAGAAGAAACACCAGCGCAGCAACAACAACGAACGAGGAGCCGUUCUCAGCCUGGACGAUGUGAAGCGUCACGUCAGCUCCCUGUGAAAACCUUCGUACCCCAUCGACCUAUCCCGCCAACAUGCUACCUCACCAUCCCGGCCAGGGCAACUUUGAAGACUUCACCUGUUGAGCGUAAAGCAAGAGCAGCCUGUCUGACAGAGAACAACCAAAGCUGACCACAUCAGUACGGACCCCGUUCAUAACCGGACAUUACCGAACAACCUUCUGGAUCUGCCACACACCGGAAAACAACCAUAUCUUGAGAUAUAUCCAGACCGGAGGAAUGGUAUUGACACGUUCCAUGGGAAAACUUUUGAUGUUUUAUUGAAUAUUUCAAGGAAAUACUGCCUCAAAAACGAAACUCCUUGAAGCCUAGGGAAUUACGUGACUUGGACAUCGAAUAGCUUUCUGCAGCUGGACCCUGAUGCCUUUUAUGUACAUAGUGAUGGCUUUAAACUGUCUUAAGAUCAGUGGCUUACGUAGGUCUGUAGAUAAAUAUAGCGCUUAUUCAUUGUAUGUAGCCUCAUUAGUCCCAUCUGUUUGAUCUAUUCAGCCUCAGUGUAUAUCACGUGAAUGUAACUUCCCAAACAAAGGUGACCAUUACAAGCAUCAAAGGGGGUUUCGGGGCACUGUAGGGUUCAGGUCCCAUCAUAUGGCAUUGUGUUACAGGUCUCAUCUUGUAAAUGCAUGCUGGUUGUUCUGUGCAUGUUUUUAGUUUUAUUUAGAUUUCAUUAUUAAUCUCGCCAAGUUUGCCUCAAUUAUAUACUAGUGUUGGGAGACGGUGUAAAGUUAGUUUUUUUGUCUGUAUAAGUGUGCGUGCACAGGUUUUGCUGUUCUUGUGGGGAUGAAGUUUCUUAGUGACUCCAGAAGAACAAGAAGCUGACAAAAGCACCUUGUGAGAACCUGUUUACAAGGAUACAAUGAUUCAAAAUGAAACUAAACAAUGUAUAAAUUCAUAUCUAAAAAUGCCAAAAAGAUUUAGGAUUAGUCUGUUGUAUAAUUAGCAUAUCCGGCAAACCACAAAUGUGAAUGGGAAGUCCCCAAAAAUUGCACAUCAAGAAUGCUGCAGGGUUGUUUUGGAGUUUUAAUGGAUCUAUGAGAUCUGUUUUUCAUUUAUAAGACUACUGCAACUUUUUGUUAAAUGUUUUGUCACUUUAUUUGAUAUUUUGUGACAUUAACGGCCUGUUUCCACCUGGUCACUGCAUUUUCUCGAAAAGACUAGGUGUAAUUUGCCCUCCGAAAUGCUUUCGAGAUGGAUUUAAAUCUGAUUGCUCAAACCACAGGAGGUGCUCUGGGCCACAUUCCAGACAAGGCUAAACAAGAGUAAAUGCAUCUGGUUUUUAAAACCACUUAGUGUUGUCCACAGUUCCAACCACGAUAUCAGUCGGUACUGAAAUAAAAAAAAAACAUCCAUUUCCCACUAACAUUUGAGCACUGUUGAGUGGAUUCUUAAACACAUCUGAUUGUUCAUUGUAUUAAUGCGUUGUGCGUUGGUACUUUUAAUAUGAAACAAAGUCUCAGAUUUCAAAUUCUUUCUAUUGUAUUAUAAUAUUCAAACAAUAAAUUCCAUUUUGGUGACCAUAAACAUAUUAAUCAGAGAGAAAAAUAAACUGUAGAGAGGAGCAUUUUUUUUUCUAAAUAUAUGCACCAAAUAACAUAUUCAUUAUAAAUUUUACUGUUCUUCAAUGUUUCAUUUAUGUGCGAAUAAAUCCAUCAAAUUUGAAUGACGUCCACCACUAUGUUUAGGUUUUAUUUAAAAAAAUAAAUAAAUUGAAGUAGAAAUAUUAUUUUAAUCUAUUUUAAAAACUUUUAAGCAUUGUGUCAUCUUAACAAAUCAGUCAAUUUUAACUUUCGACAUUAUAGUAAUAUAGUACAAACUGACUUUUCUUUCCUUGAGAAAAUUUGGCAUGUACUAUACAUUAUAAUGUAUUCAAAAGAAUCGAUAUUGAAUUAAAUUGGUCAUCGAAUCAAAUCAAAAGCUUGUGAAUGAGAAUUGAAUCGAAUCAUGAAAUUUGUAUCAAAGCCCUAGCUAAUAUGUGAAUACAUGAUUGUUUAUGUGUGCAUGAAAGUGUGACUGGACAUGAAUGUGUGUGAUGGUUUUUUCAUCAAUUGCAUGGUGUUGCUGGUCUGUUUCUGAACGAGAGUGUUUCCAGGAUCAGGAAUGCAACAAACCAAAGAGUUUGUAUUAUUGGGUGGACCAGACCGAUCACCCGUACAGCACACCAGUCAUAACUGCAAACUGUUGUAGUUGUACGUACUUAUGUGUGUUUGUUUGUGUGAGACUGUUAUUAUUCUGUCUUUAUUUCCAUUCUCUUAAUGAAAACUGAACUGUGCAUUUAACGGCUUACUGUUUAUUUGAAUUCUGUACUUGCCGAGAUGUAUCUUUUAAUCGCGCGAAUUUCAUAUCAAAGCACAAACAAGAACACCAAUAUGUAAAGGUCACGUUAAAGAAUGAUAAAAUGUUCUUAUCAGUGUUAUCAUAAUAAUCAACAGAUUCAUUAGUACUCUUCUAUCCUUUGUUUUUUUUACUACAAUCAUUGCCUGAUAGUGCAGUCAGCAGAUAAUAGGCUGUUCUAUUUAUCUAUGAAGGUAUAAUAAAUAUCGUUCAUAAUUUUACAAA